UGUGUAGAGUUUUGCAGAAAUCGUUAAGAAAAUUGGAAUGUUUGUGGAACGUUUUGAGAAGUGAAUGAAUGGUUUGGGAAUCGUGCCAAAUGAAUCAGUUAUAGCAAUCAAGAAAAACUAUAAGCUAUUAUUUAUGUCAUAUUUAUUUAUAUAGGCUCAUUUGAAAUAUAGCAUAACACUUACCAAACACAUGGGCUGAUGGAUGAGUAAAGUCUAAUAGCUAUAUUAUUUUCAUAUUGCAGAAUCCCAGACUAAUCACUGAUUGUGUAUUCCACGGGGACUUAAAUUAUAGCUCCCAAAUUUGCAGUAAAAAAUCAUAUUACAACAGCCUUAAAAUAAUUAGGCCUAUUCGUAAUUUAAUGUUGCCUGUAGGCUACUGCAUUCAUAUUAAAACAAAUGUUGAAUUAACAAGGUGGUUUACCUUUGGGUGGCCCAGAAUCAAAGGAUGUCGCGGGCACAUUAGAGCACGAGAGUCUCACGCCUCGCGCAUUUAAAGCCUGCACAGUUUCGAGAAGCAGUGAACUUGACAGCUCUGCUCUCCUGUGAUGUGCCUCAUGGAUCACAGGGAUUCCGCGGACACUACAGGAUGACAGGGGUCAUCAGGGGCCAGCUGCACGCUUUAAAAGCACUGUCCAUAGCUCGGCCACCCCGAUCACUCGGACCACAGGCGAGCCAGGAGAAGGAAUCGGACGCGCAAUUGAAAACUUCAUUGAUUCACAAUGUUGAUCCAGCCAAUCAUAUUGUUCGCUACCUUGGUGGCUUCUCUGAUACACGUCGAGUGCGUGAAGAUCGAUAACCCCGGCGCGCUCAUGAGAGGCUCAUAUUCCGACUACAGUCUCCAGUCGUAUUCAAGAUACCCUCUGUACAUGAUGCAGUUAUACAGAGACUUCAGCGGGAAGAUGACAACUACUCCAGCCAGAGUCGACAGCCCAACUCUUCAGCAGUCUGACUUCGUCCUAAGCUUGAUUGCUCAAGACUGUCACCAAACUGGUGAGCGAUGGACCGUCACUUUUGACAUGUCUUCCCUCUCAGCGAGUGACAAUAUUCAACUUUCGGAGCUCCGCAUCCGUCUUCCCGCCUUUUCUGCAUCCAGACGCGUUAUUGUGGACAUCUUCCACUUGCGUAAACAGGAUUGUGAGUCGGACUCGGUGUUUUGUCGCGAUAAGAGACUUUUUCUGGGCAGCAUCAAGUCGGUGCCCGACACUCCAACUUCAACAUGGAGAGUUUUCAAUGUCACGGAGCUACUCGAACACUGGUUGAAUCAGGGAACGGAAGCACCCGAGCAGGUCCCAACACCAGAGGACGGAAGCGGCCAAGACUUAACGGAGGACACUGGAAGCGGGGGAGGCUUAAUUGAACCAGUUACAAAUAGUCGAAAAAUUAAGCAUCCCACAGCAGAACGAGUUAUGAUUGUAGUUUUCUACAAAAACACAUUUUCCCACAGUGGCCAACGUGCCUCCAGCUUGAUCAAUACAGUGGCGCACUCCAAAUAUGUCACCCUGAACCGGGCUCCAGACGCCGCUCAAGGUCGGCGCCACAAAAGGAACCGGGUCGAAAGGAUGCGCGUUCAGACGGACGACAGAAACGCGACGGGAAUAGAGCAACAACAAGGAAUGCUCUGUCGGCGAGUUGAUAUGUGGGUGGAUUUUGAUCAAAUUGGAUGGGAUGAAUGGAUCGUACACCCGAAGCGUUAUAACGCAUACCGCUGCGAAGGCGAAUGUCCAAGUCCACUGGACGAGUCUUUCAACCCAACAAACCACGCCUAUAUGCAGAGCUUGCUGAAGUUUUACCAUCCGGAGCGCGUUACCAGUCCGUCAUGUGUGCCGACGCGCCUCAGCUCCCUUUCCAUGCUGUACUAUGAAGGCGACGGUGUGGUCAUGCGCCACCACGAGGACAUGAUCGUGGAGGAAUGCGGCUGUCAGUGAAGUUUGUUGCUGUGCUGUCACAAAAGUCUGACGAUGCACUUUCAGUGGAUAAAUAAUACAUAAAUAAAUGAAAUAAUAAUAAUAAUAAUAAUAUAUACACUCUUAGAAAAAAGGUUCUAUAUAGAACCUUUAAGGGGUUUCCAUCAUGGAAUCAUUGGCCUAUAUGGAUUUAGUUUUAAUUAAUUAAUUUUGUUUGAAUUAAUUUGUAAUUUUAUGAAGUAAACAGCUCAUAAACACUUUAUGACUAGACAAAUUUAAAUAACCAGUUAAACAUGAAAGUAUUAUGCAAAAGGUAGACAUUUGCUUUUAUAUAGAAGCUUUUUGGCAUUAAAAUUGAGUCAAGAACCCCAGAGUUCCAUUUAGAACCUCAUUGAACCUGUUUUCCCAAGACAACAUUCCAUAAUUCUGUUCUUGAACUAAAGCACAUGUUUUUUUUGAGAAUUUCAAAUGAGAACCACUGAAAUGCUGUCCAAAGUAUGGAAAUAUUUAAUAUUUAAAAGAAACACUUGUAAAUAUUUUGUUGGAUUUUUUUUAAAGGAGCGUAUAUUUUUACUUCAUGUACAUAUGGUUGUAUUACGUUUAAGAAAGUGUAAUGUGUAUUGUGAUAAAAUGUGAUGUGAAAUGUGUUCGUUUUUUUUACUAUCUUAUCAGCAGGCUUGAUAAAGUUUUACAGAAAAUAUACAA